AUGGCUAACGUAGCUGAUGGUGUAAUGUCUGUACUUUCAUCAACACAAAUACAAAAAAACUUACAUGAAGACAAAUUUUUUGUCAGUUGUUCAGCUAUAUUCCUUUCCAACUUUAGCUCUGCAGAUGAUCUCAGAGAUCGUUCACAAAAGAAACAUCAUCACCAUGGCAACAGAUGGCCGCAGCAUACAGUAGAGACAACAGACCUGGAUACCAACUGCAGCAUGCCCCACCUCCCUCUUACUGAUUAUGUGGACCGACCCUCAAUUACACAUCGGGUAUCUAACUGGAGAGAUGACACUGGCAACAUUUUACUUUUACUCUUUUUGUAUGUCUUGCAAGGCAUUCCUCUGGGACUGGCUGGCAGCAUCCCUAUGUUGUUGCAAAGCCGACAAAUCAGUUAUAGAGAGCAAGCAAUGUUCAGUUUUGUUUAUUGGCCUUUCAGCUUAAAGUUAUUAUGGGCACCAAUUGUGGACUCUAUGUAUCUACCGUCUAUGGGUCGAAGAAAGUCAUGGAUGGUACCAUCUCAAUACUUGAUUGGUGGCUUUAUGAUAUUGCUCUCGUAUUAUGUGAGUGAACUUCUUGGUGACAAAGGAUCUUCACCUAAUGUUUUGUUUUUUACUGUUAUAUUUUUUAUUCUUAAUUUUUUGGCUGCAACACAAGAUAUUGCUGUUGAUGGUUGGGCACUUACCAUGUUGUGCAAGCAUAAUGUUGGAUGGGCAAGUACGUGCAACUCUAUUGGACAAACUGCUGGUUACUUUCUUGGGAAUGUACUGUUUCUAGCAUUAGAAUCAGCUGAUUUUUGCAACAAGUACCUUCGUUCGACACCUGAAUCAGAAGGUAUAGUCACACUUGCUGGUUUCUUAUUUUUCUGGGGUAUUGUAUUCUUUGUAACCACAACGUUAGUUUUUUUUCUGAAGCCAGAGAAACCAGAAAAAGAACAUUUAGAACUUGGAAUUAUUGACACUUAUAAAGUUUUGAUCAAAGUCAUCAAGUUGCCUGCAGUUCUCUCCCUUGCUGUAAUCUUUCUCACUUCAAAGGUUGGAUUUGCUGCCUCAGACUCCCUGACUGGUUUGAAGUUGGUAGAAGCUGGGGUACCAAAAGAACGACUGGCAUUGUUUGCCAUCCCAUUGAUUCCCAUACAAAUCAUCCUGCCUCUAAUAAUAAGCAGAUAUACCAAUGGACCCAAACCCAUGAAUAUUUAUUUGAAUGCCAUGCCCUGUCGACUAUUAAUGGCUAUUCCAUAUGCUGGUCUUGUAUACAUGGCAUCCAGAGUAGCAGUGGAACCUGGUGUCUAUCCGUUUUACUUUUAUGUUGGAGCUAUACUACUUUAUGCUUUGCAUCAGGUAACAGUCUUCUGUAUGUUUGUGGCAGUGAUGGCCUUCGAUGCAAAAGUCAGUGACCCAGCUAUUGGGGGAUCAUACAUGACUCUUCUUAAUACCUUAAAUAAUUUGGGAGGUAACUGGCCGGCAACUGUUUCUCUUUGGAUUGUUGACAGUCUCACAUUCAAGAGUUGUACCACUGGUGAAGGUUCCUGUGCCAAUAGUGCAGAAGUAGAGAUGUGUACAAAUGGUGGUGGUAGCUGUUUCAGCAUUGUUGAUGGGUAUUAUGUUGAAGUUGUUGUCUGCACAUUAUUUGGAUUUAUUUGGUACUUUUGGAAGAGGAAUACAAUACGAAGACUUCAAAAUGCAAAAGCAGAUUCUUGGAAAGUUCCUCAAUAUUGA